CCUGAUACAAAUAAUUCUUCUACUUGUCUUGAAAAUAUUGUGAAUAGUUCUCAAGUCAUACUUAAGUCUAUUAUUGAAUGUUCAUUGGUACAAAAAAAUGCUGAUUUAAAUGAUGAUACUUUAUUUACUCAUUUUGGAGUAUCGAACAAAAUGAAUAAUACAGAAAUUGUUGAUUUUUCUCAAAUGCAAGUACCUAUGACUUACCCGUCA